GUUAGCAUCCCUGAGUGGGAUGAGGUUACGACGCAGGAUGAGAACGUCUCUGCUGUUGAGAAGAUGAAUGUGCUGGAAGCUUCCUCGUGGGCUGUGCCGGAGCGUGUAGCAAGAUGCCCCGUCCACCUCCCGCCGACAAUUAACAUUGUCGACAACACCGUGCAGAUGGACACCACAUUCAACGAGAGCACCAUGUACAGUAUCGUGGAGGGAACGCUGCCUUCCGCCGCGGUCGACCACGGCCUGUCGGGCUAUGACGGCUUGGAGAUCGCUUUCUCCAACACAAAGGUCCGCCACUUCAAGGUCCGCUUGAACGACACAAGGCAAGACGCGCGCUUUAUUGCAGCAGUUCGGGUGCUCAGCGAUGGCCCUCAUAACCUCUGGUUGAAGUGGAGCGACUUCCAUGGUGAGGAGCUGGUGAUGCGCGGCAUCCGUCCCUGUGCGGAGACAGCAACAUGCUUCACCAUUACACCUUCGACCAUUUCGCAUAUUGCAAUUCUGCUCCCCAUCGAAGAUGCAGAGGCCUUCAUUGCCACUGUCAUCGACCAAAUGGAAGUUGCCACAGAAGCCUUCGUUCUGCUGCCCUGUCAGUUCAAGAGCGGCACCGACACCUGUGCAUUGCCGCUGCGCAUCCCAGAGGUGGAUGGCGUGUCGUAUACGCCCAUGGCCUCCGAGGAG